GUUCCCAGUUUUUUUUCUGUUUCAUAAAUCACCUGCUCCCACGCCUUGUUUCAUUAUACUGCAGAAACUAGACUUUGACCUGGCCUUUCCUAAGUAGGAAGUCCAGAAUAUUUGCAUUCAACCAAUUUAAUACAAGACUUCAUAGACUUCACACGUCUAGCAGCUGGAUUACUUAAUCUAGGAAUUAUGUUUUGAUGUUGAUUCUUUUUAGGAUCUUCUUGAAGGUGCGAGUGUGACAUCACUCAAAAUGUAUGGGGGUAAUCCUGUCCAAGUUUUUCCACCAAGAAGCUUCUCUCCUGAGAAGUCUGGCAUGUCUCGUCCAAGUUCAAAAUCCAUUUACAUGCAAAGGAAAGAAUAUGCAAUGAGCAGACAACCAGACAGCUUUCAAUACAGAGUGGAGCACCUGUUCACCUGUGAGUUAGAUGGGCGACAGGUGAGCACCAUUGAGGACUGUGUGAACAAACUGAAGAGUCUGGACAGUAAAGGAAAAGUGUGGGGUCAAGACAUGACCAUGGAGGUCAAGGGGAACUACCUACAACUGUGUGACAUAGAGACAAAAGAGGUUUUGGAGUCUGUUCAUCUGAACAGCAUCAAGAAGACAAACAGUGUCCUGGACAGUUGUGUGUAUGACUCCCUUUUGAUAAUCACGGUUCAGGAUUACGGCCAGAGAACUCCACAGGUCUUUCUCUUCCAAUGUGAGGAUAGUGGGGCUCAAGACAUAUUAAAUGAUCUGAAUAAAGCAAUACAGCAAGGCGGAGUGGAGCCACAAAUGGACAUCAGGAGUAACCUAGAAAACAUCAUCGGCCAUGGUUUUCCAGGCAGCAUCAGAAGAUCAACUAUCUCAGCACAGCCAUCUACACCCCCUCCACAGUUUAACAGCUAUCCGAACUACGAAGAUUUAGAGCCAUUACCCCCAUAUGGCCCUAUGCAGUACGAGCAGGAGCCGACUCCACCUCCAUACACUGACAUGGAAAGGAAUGCAGAAAUCUUUAACCAUGUAGCUGCUGACAUUGAGAUCUUCAUAAAUAAAGUUGCCUCGGUUUUGCCAAACAAUAGUGGAAGCAAGAAAAAAAAGAAAGACAAAAAUGCAAAAAAACCUGCUGGAAAUUUACCCACUGUGGAGGAGUAUGUAUCCUGUCUACAGAAAAUAAAGUAUGGGUUCAAUCUCCUGGGCAAACUAAAUGGGCACCUAAAAAAUCCAUCGUGUUCUGAGUUUGUUCACAGUCUUUUCUCUUCAGUUGGUUUUGCGUUCUGUCGAUAUCAAUCCAACAUUCCGUCCACAGUUCUGAGUCCAAUGUUGACAGAAAAAGCCCUGGAGCUCCUUGAAAGUAUUGUCACAUCGGAGGAGGACAAACUGUGGAGAAGUUUAGGGGACUCUUGGAAUGUCCCUAGAUCCAAGUGGCCAAAUGGAGAUCAGAUCCCUGCAUAUUUUCCUGUAUUUUAUGAUGGCUGGCAGCCACCCCCACCCAUCCCGUCUCAGUCAUCCUUCUCCAGGAGGCAGUCACAACAGAGCAACAGAAGCAUCAUACAGAGGCCACCUGAACAGGACAACAGACCCUGGAGCCCCCCACCUUUUCGACCAGCAGAGCCUCCUCUUUUAAUGAGGGUGAUCUAUGACUUCAUGGCCAGGAACAUUCAGGAACUGAAUGUGAUGAAGGGUGACGUGGUGCAGGUGAUGGACAAGUCCAGGCAAUGGUGGAAAGUGAAAAACAACCGUGGUGAGGAGGGCCAUGUGCCUCCAAAUGUUCUCGAGCCUGUUGAUAGAGAGGUGCCAACAGCAAACCAUGGAAGGUCUGGGCAAAAUAUGAGAGGACCUCCAUCACUUGACAUGAAAUCCAGACCUGAGGAAGUCAGAGCCUGGUUACAAUACAAAGGCUUUUCUAAAAUGACAAUGCAGAGUCUUGGUGUGUUUAAUGGAGCGAUGCUGCUGGGCAUGAGGCAGGAUGAUAUCCGAGCAAUAUGUCCAGAUGAAGGAAACCGAGUCUUCUUUCAACUCCAGAGUGUGAGAUCUGCAAUUGCACUAGCAAGUGAGGCAGAACACUAUUAUGGUGCCCGUUGAAAAACUGAGACAAGAUGCCAAGAAUCUAAACGUGUCUGGAUCUAAAUGAACAAGAACUAUGACGCUAACAUGUCAACAUUUCCAUUCAUUAGAAACACGAUUUAUGCCUGCAAGCUGUUCACAGGAAUAUACUAUUUUUUAAAAUAGAUUGAUUUAGACAUUUAUGAGCUUAAUUUUAUUUAUUUUAUAUUAUGCAAUACAGAUUUUUCUUUUGAAUUUCACUGGGGUCAUGAUCACAGAAUCUAUUGAGAUACAGACACAAUAUAAAAGAUAUAAGUUCUUUGGUUGUCACUGAAAUUACAUAACAUAUUGGCUAAAUGAAAAUUAACCAAAUCUGCAACUUUGAUAUUGAAUUGCAUAUUGUGUUUUAACAAUGUUCAUUAUAAAUUAACGCACAUUACUGCAGUCAUUUAUUGGUUUAUAAAUGUUUAAAUAGUUUGCUGUACUGUCAGUCCCUUAGUGAAACUCAUUGUCACAGGUUUUGUUGAUUAUCCAACAAUUUCUAGUAUUUUGCUUCAAGGUUAGAAACCUGUAUGUAUUUUCUGAAUGUGUAAAUGUCACCCUUAUCUCCAGAUCAGUUUAUUACCUAUCUUUGUAUCUAA